GUUCGGCAAAAACUCAAUGAGGAGGACAAGCCUCAAGUCAUAAUCAUCAACCUCAAGAAUAACAAUGAAGUCAUCAAGCGACCCAUCAACGCGGAUAGUGCGAUUAUGCACUGGACCCGCAACAUCAUCGCUCUCAAGGCCCAGGGCCGCACAAUUCAGAUCUUUGACCUGUCUGCGAAGCAGAAGCUGAAGUCUGCUGUGAUGAAUGAGGAUGUCGUUUACUGGAAGUGGUUCAGUGACAAGUGUUUGGGUAUGGUUACAGAGACAUCUGUUUACCACUGGGAUGUUUUCGACCCAACUCAGUCUCAGCCGCUCAAGAUCUUCGACCGACUUCCAAAUCUUAGCGGUUGCCAAAUAAUCAACUACCGCGUCAACGAUGAGGAGAAAUGGAUGGUCGUUGUCGGUAUCAGUCAACAACAAGGGCGAGUAGUAGGUUCCAUGCAGUUAUACUCAAAGGAACGUGGGAUAUCGCAGUUCAUUGAAGGUCAUGCGGCCGCUUUUGCUUCCAUUAGAGUCGAGGGCUCGCCCUUGGAGCAUAAGCUCUUCACAUUUGCUGUGCGGACGCAGACUGGUGCUAAGCUGCAGAUUGCUGAAAUUGACCACCAAGAACCAAAUCCCAGGUUCCAGAAGAAGGCCGUGGAGGUUUAUUUCCCUCAAGAAGCAGUGAACGACUUCCCUGUCGCAAUGCAGGUAUCCCAAAAGUACGACAUUGUUUACCUGGUCACAAAGUAUGGUUUCAUUCACCUUUAUGACCUUGAAACCGGCACCUGCAUCUUCAUGAACCGGAUUUCGAGCGAGACAAUCUUCACCACUGCUCCGGAUACCGAAUCCGCCGGCCUCGUCGGUGUCAACCGUAAAGGUCAAGUUCUGAGCGUCAGUGUCGAUGAGAAUACUAUUAUUCAGUACUUGAUGGAAAACCCCGCCAUGUCUGGCCUUGCCGUGAAGCUGGCCUCGAAGGCUGGACUCCCUGGUGCUGAUCACCUGUACCAGCAGCAGUUCGACAAUUUACUCGCGCAAGGCAACUACUCGGAAGCCGCCAAGAUUGCUGCAAAUUCGCCACGUGGAUUCCUUCGGACACCGGAGACCAUCAACCGCUUCAAGAAUGCCCCCCAGACAGGUCAGAUGUCUGUUAUCCUACAGUACUUUGGCAUGCUUUUGGAUAAGGGAAGCUUGAACAAAUAUGAGAGUGUUGAGCUUGUUCGCCCUGUCUUGCAACAGAACAGGAAGCACCUGCUGGAGAAGUGGAUGCGUGAGAAUAAACUGGAGGGUUCUGAAGAGCUUGGAGAUAUUGUUCGACCCUACGAUAUGAAUCUGGCUCUGAGCAUCUAUCUCCAAGCUAAUGUCCCCCACAAAGUCAUUGCUGGAUUCGCGGAGACGGGCCAAUUCGACAAGAUUCUCGCAUACUCUAAGCAGGUUGGAUACCAGCCAGAUUACACCCAGCUUCUUCAGCACGUCGUGCGUGUGAACCCCGAGAAAGGUGCCGAAUUUGCCACCCAGCUUGCCAAUGAGGAAUCCGGAGCUCUCAUUGACCUGGAUCGUGUUGUGGAUGUGUUCUUGUCCCAGAACAUGGUUCAGCAGGCAACAUCUUUCUUGUUGGAUGCUCUGAAGGAUAAUAAGCCCGAGCAUGGUCAUCUCCAGACCCGUCUGCUCGAGAUGAACUUGGUCAACGCCCCCCAAGUUGCCGAUGCUAUCCUUGGUAACGAGAUCUUCACACACUAUGAUCGCCCUCGCGUUUCUCAGCUUUGCGAGAAUGCGGGUCUCAUUCAACGUGCUCUCGAGAAUACUGACGAUCCCGCUGUUAUCAAGCGAAACAUCGUGCAGACUGACAAGCUAAGCGCAGAAUGGUUGAUGGAAUACUUCGGCCGCCUCUCCGUCGAGCAGACCUUGGAUUGCAUGGACACGAUGCUCGAGGCGAACAUUCGCCAGAACCUGCAGGCUGUUGUCCAGACUUGCACCAAGUUUUCUGAUCUCUUGGGACCCAGCCGCCUCAUUAGCCUUCUAGAGAAGUACCGUACUGCCGAAGGCCUUUACUAUUACCUUGGAAGCAUUGUUAACCUGAGUGAGGACCCCGAGGUUCACUUCAAGUACAUUGAAGCUGCUACUACCAUGGGCCAAAUUACGGAGGUUGAGAGGAUCUGUCGCGAGAGCAAUUAUUACAACCCCGAGAAGGUCAAGAACUUCCUGAAAGAGGCUCGCUUGACUGAACAAUUGCCCCUUAUCAUCGUCUGUGACCGCUUCAACUUCAUCCAUGACCUCGUUCUAUACCUUUACCAGAACCAGCAAUACAAAUCUAUUGAGGUCUACGUGCAACGAGUCAACCCCUCGCGCACCCCGGCUGUUGUUGGAGGAUUACUCGACGUUGACUGUGACGAGAGCAUUAUCAAGAAUCUUCUCUCUACCGUUGAUCCGUCUGUGAUUCCCAUCGAUGAAUUGGUAUCGGAAGUAGAGAGCCGCAACAGGCUGAAGCUGCUCCUCCCUUUCCUCGAGGCAACACUUGCCGCUGGCAACCAGCAGCAGGCUGUUUACAAUGCUCUUGCAAAGAUCUAUAUUGAUAGCAACAACAACCCUGAGAAGUUCUUGAAGGAGAACGAUCUGUAUGAUACCCUGGUUGUCGGAAAGUACUGCGAGAAACGUGAUCCCAACCUCGCUUAUAUCGCCUACCGGAAGGGGCAGAAUGAUCUGGAGCUCAUCAAUAUCACCAAUGAAAACGCAAUGUAUCGGGCACAGGGUCGCUACCUUGUUGAAAGGGCAGAUUCCGAAAUCUGGUCGUUUGUUUUGAGCGAAAAUAACAUGCACCGACGCUCUCUCGUGGAUCAGGUCAUCGCAACCGCCGUUCCGGAAUCGACCGAACCUGAUAAGGUGUCUGUUGCUGUCAAGGCUUUCCUCGAAGCCGAUCUCCCUGGUGACUUGAUUGAGCUCCUGGAAAAGAUCAUCCUCGAGCCCUCACCUUUCAGUGACAACGGUAGCCUGCAGAAUCUCUUGAUGCUUACCGCUGCAAAGGCUGACAAGGGACGCCUUAUGGAUUAUAUCCAUAAACUUAAUGAGUUCAGCCCAGAUGAGAUUGCCGAGAUGUGUAUCUCAGUCGGUCUCUACGAGGAGGCCUUUGAAAUCUACAAGAAAGUGAACAACUACAUUGCCGCCGUCAAUGUCCUGGUUGAGAACAUUGUUAGCAUUGACCGUGCUCAGGAAUUUGCUGAGCGUAUUGAGUUGCCUGAUGUGUGGAGCAAGGUUGCUAAGGCUCAAUUGGAUGGUCUUCGUGUAUCUGAUUCGAUUGAUUCAUAUAUCCGUGCUGGGGAUCCAUCCAAUUACAACGAGGUCAUUGAAACCGCAACACAUGCUGGAAAGGAUGAGGAUCUCGUCAAGUAUUUGAUGAUGGCGCGUAAGACCUUGAGGGAACCAGCUAUCGAUACUGGCCUUGCCUUCUGCUACGCUCGUCUGGACCAGCUUGCGGAAUUGGAGGACUUCCUGCGGUCGACCAACGUUGCCGAUAUUGAAGCUUCUGGUGAUAAGGCUUACGAAGAGGGUUACCACCAAGCGGCAAAGAUCUUUUACACCAGCAUCUCCAACUGGGCUAAACUGGCAACUACUCUGGUGCACCUGGAAGACUAUCAGGCGGCGGUCGAAUGUGCUCGCAAAGCAAACAGCGUUAAGGUUUGGAAGCAGGUCAACCAGGCCUGCGUUGACAAGAAAGAAUUCCGUCUUGCUCAGAUCUGUGGUCUCAACCUCAUUGUCCACGCCGAAGAACUCCAGGACCUUGUCCGCCAGUACGAGCGUAACGGGUACUUUGACGAGCUUAUUGCAGUUCUAGAGGCUGGUCUCGGUUUGGAGCGGGCUCACAUGGGCAUGUUUACCGAAUUGGGAAUUGCUCUUUCGAAGUACCACCCUGACCGGGUCAUGGAACACCUCAAGCUCUUCUGGUCUCGUAUUAACAUCCCUAAAAUGAUCCGAGCUUGCGAGGAGGCCACUCUGUGGCCUGAACUUGUUUUCUUGUACUGCCACUACGAUGAGUGGGACAAUGCUGCUCUCGCGAUGAUGGAACGUGCCGCCGAUGCUUGGGAGCACCAUUCGUUCAAGGAUAUCGUUGUUAAGGUUGCCAACUUGGAGAUUUACUACCGUGCGCUGAAUUUCUAUCUGCAAGAACAGCCUCUGCUCCUCACCGAUUUGCUCCAGGUUUUGACCUCCCGCAUCGAUGUUAACCGUGUUGUUCGUAUUUUCCAAACGUCGGAUAACAUCCCCUUGAUCAAGCCUUUCCUCUUGAAUGUCCAGUCACAAAACAAGAGGGCGGUCAACGAUGCGAUCAAUGACCUUUUGAUCGAGGAGGAAGACUACAAGACUCUACGUGAUUCUGUAGAUAACUACGACAACUUCGACGCUGUGGAACUUGCACAGCGCCUGGAGAAGCACGACCUUAUCUUUUUCCGUCAGAUCGCUGCAAACAUCUACCGCAACAACAAGCGCUGGGCUAAGUCGAUUGCGCUCUCUAAGCAAGACAAGUUGUACAAGGAUGCUAUCGAAACAGCUGCUAUAUCUAGCAAACCAGAAGUUGUGGAGGAGCUCCUUCGCUAUGUAAGUUUGGUGCAAACCUAUUGCCAACCCCGCCCUUUCUUAAACUGUCCAACGUGGAAUGCUUAUUAACUGUAAUACAGUUUGUCGAUAUCGGCAGCCG